ACAAGGGCAACAGUGUAAAUUGCAAAAUUGAUUAUGAUAAUAAUUAUACUUUAAUCCACGGUUUGUCGUUAUCAAGACAGAAACUGAUAAUAAUGUUGAAUAAACAAAUUACCUAUAAGGAUUAUUUUGGAGCAACCGUACGAUUGCUACUGAAACAAGAAAAUGAAAUCCUGGAUUAUUUUAGCUGCAAUAGUCGGCCUGAGCCAGGCUCGACCUGAGUUCAGCAAUACUAUAUUGGACCCGAAUGCUGACUCCCAAUCUCGAGAUAGCGUAAUUGAGCAGUUGUUAAUAAGCGCUCUCGAAGACCUGAGGCAGGGCAUGCUGACCGGCUCGGAGUCGUACCCGGUGCUGGACCCGUACGUCACUGACUCAUUCACCCUAGACGGAAGCAACUAUGGAUUCCCUCAGGCUUCGAUUGAGUUCUUGGAUCUGACAUUCAGAAACCUGAGCACGUUUGUAGUUCAAGAUGCCAGCAUCAACCUGAUAUCGCUGUUUGCUCAACGUUACCGUAUAACGUUGGACAUCGUAGUGCCUGAGUUAAUAGCCGAGGCAGGACACUACGAUCUGAAAUUGCAAGCCAACGAUUUUGAUAUCACGGGUGAAGGACCAGCUACUUUGACAUUAAAAGAGGGAAGAAUCUACGGCACGAUUAUUGCUCGUAUUCGAGUUGGACUAGGAGGAGUCAGCAUCAACAUUGAAAGCACCGAUCUAAAGCUAGGACUUGGAGGAUUUGAGCCAAACUUCCAGAAUUUGUUCAACGACCCCGGCGCCAGUAUAUUUGCCAAUACCUUCCUGAAACACUUGGUCCCUGACUUAGUAGAACUGUAUGAGCCGGAGAUCUCAGCAUUCAUCAACUCGCUGUUGCCAAAUGCUUUGAAUGGAUUCAUAACGGAACUGCGAGCCGCCAAGAAUAGCCGAGACUAGCCCUCCAGACCACACCGAGAAAAUUACCAUUAAACACCUAACAAUUCGUCCAUCAUCCUGGCAAUCAUCGAGCCGCAAUCGUCCACUGCUGGACAUAGGACUCUCCCAAGCAGUGCCGGAACCCUCUGUCCUCGGCCGUCCACAUCCAGCCACUAAGCAAUUACAAGAAUUUAUAUUCACAUUUGAACCACAACGACAACUUGAAGGCUGCAUGGGGAGUGCGAGUUUUUACUUUUAUGUACGCGAAUUCGUAUGUUGUGUGAGUGCCGUCACCUAGCGGUAUACGCGCUGCACUAGCUCCGCGCCAUACAUAUUAAAGUAGAUUUUCACGGCUCGAUCGGUUAAGAAAAACCUACACUAGGCCCUCUGGAAAGUCCCAGUAAUUGGUAAACUUUUCCUUUGUUAUGGUUUUCAUGAUGUUGAGGAUGAGGACGUGAUUGUGGAUGUUGAAGUACGUUUCUUAUUUUAUUAUAAUACCGUAUUUCUUGUAAAUUUAGUUGAUUCUGAUAAUAUUUAUUAUACGUAUCAUACGUAUAACUAAGUACCUACUCACUGUUUCCGGUAUUGUGAUUUAGAUUUUAGUUUGUAAAUAAUAAAAAAUACUUAUAUUGGUUCAUUAAAAAUGUAUUUUUUGUAA